AUGGAAAACGCGCCGGACGAGGAGCCGACCGAGUUUUUGGAGCAGGUCGGCGAUAUUGUCGAUAGUAAGUGUCAAAAUUGGCAAGGUAUUCGUAAUGUUUCACAAUUUGCAGAUGUAGAACAAGUGGCGGAAGAAGAAAUGGUGGAGGUGGAGCACGAGGAGGUGCUCGAAGAGAUCGUGCACGGCGACGACGUCAUGUACGACUCGGAGGGCCGUCUCAUCGAAUAUCAGAACGUGGUGGUGUACGAGGACGGCUCCGAGGUGAUCGAGGAGUACGUCGAGGUGGAGGACAUGGGCAACGGCGAGUACGCGUACGUCAUGACCGACGAACACGGACACCGUCGCUUGCUGAAGCCCGAAGAAGUCGAGGCGGUCAAGAAGGAGAUGCCGGUGCUGAUGGAGGAGGAGGAGCUCGUGGAUCAGAAGCCGAUCCGCGCCGACGAAGCCGGACCUAGCACUUCUGGAUCAUACGGCGGGAAGCGCGGAAAGCAAUCCGAGAAAGCGGGCCGCUCGGCGACGAUGCGUGAGAUUCUUUCCAAACAAGCCGAUCACAUGAUGUACAUGGACGCCCGUGGCGGUUACUAUCACGAGAACGCGACGAAACGACUGACCGAGAUGGCGAAGGUCGACGUGGAAAAGUACGUGCCGACGUCGACAGUCAACCGCCGUCCGCUGCCCGACAACGCGGACUUCACAAAGCCGAAAGCGCCGAGACGCAAGACCGCGCCGUGGCAAGACGACGUCGCUCCAAGAGCAUCUGGCUCAUCGUCGGCCGGCAGAUCGCCGUCGCCGUUGAAAGACGCGCUGUUUCCGGCCGAAUCCGAGGAUCUCGUGGUCCGUUUCAAGUGUCCCGAGUGCGGAGACGGCUUCCCGGUGAUGGACAAACUGUGCGAGCACCUCUGCAAAAACCACGACUGCCAGACGCAAGUCCGCGAAGUCGAGGUGUUCAACGAGCGCGAGUUCGAGAACUUUCUCACGAAAAUCGAGCGCGGGGUGAAUAACGGAAUGAAAGAGGUGCGGAGUGAGAUAGUGAGGAAGAAGUCGCGGGCCGGAUCCUCGCAGAUCUUCGUGUGCAAUUACAUGAACCGACGAGGCAGAAGUGCCGAGAUGGUCGAGAUCGGAAUGCCCACGCUGGUCGAUCAUCCGCUCGAGUUCUGCUCUUGUUUUGUUCAGAAAGUUCAUAGCUAGUAAGACCUCGAAGGAAUAGUAAUUUAAACGCUGUUCUGCUUUUUUGCAGCGAAUGCAUCCGCAUCAAGUACUGCGACCAGCACAUCCACCACGACGGAACGCUUGGCUUCCGCGUGCCGAUCUCCGUCAAACGUCGCAUUUUCGAGUUGGCGUUCAAGAGGAUGCCGAUUCCGUGCAUCCAAGUGAUGCUCUCGCACGAGGUCGUCAGUCUGCUGCCACAUCCGUCGCGGUUCGAGGAGAAACUCAAGAAUUUCUCGCAUUUGGAGCUCAUCGAGCUGAUGGGAAUAAUCAACGGAUCGCUGCGAAAGUACAAUGAUGGAGAGCCGAUUAUGGGAAAGACCAAGAAGUGCGGCAUCAAGUUCGGUAAGCGAAAUGGCAUAUUAAGGUGGAAAUUUACCGGUUUUCACAGAAAUUGGCUAUUACAAGCCGAAAAACAUUCAUCUAUCUCUCUGAAUUACUAAAUUUAUGCCGGCCAUUGGCAAUUUCCGCUCUAUACUUUCUUUUUUCAGAAUGUGGUCUAGAAAACGUUAGUUUGUGGCAAAAAUGGGAGAAACUAAAUUUUUUUCGGUGUAAGGGACCGGAAAAACAAUUAAAAUGAGGGUAUUUGCAAAUCGUUGGCCCUCCGAGUAAUGUAGAGUGAUCAAUUGAUGUUUUCCUGGUUGUGAUAGCAGGAUGCAAUCUUCUUCUCUGCAAAAGUAUCUUUUCCAGAGACGGUUCAAUCGCCGCAAGGUCAGCCGUGCCUCGUCAUCCGUCGUGUGCCACUUUUCAAGAAGAAAUCGCCGCCCGUCAACAACUUCAUGACUCCUAACGAGCCAUCGACGAGCCAAAGCCACCAAAGCCAGACGUUCACGCUAGACGGAGAGAAUGUGCCGAUGAUGGCGAGAGAGGAAGAGGUACUGGAAGAAGAGGAGGACGAGGAGCAGGAGAUGGCACACAUCAGCGAGGAUAUUGACGGAUUGAUGGAGGAGAGUCAGGUGUACGAUCCGGCGUCGAAUCGUGAGCCAAUGUUCGAGGAGCUGUCGGAAAUGGAGCUCGGAGUGCUGGAGGCCUACGAGCGGGACAUUCGGAUCGAGUUGAGCGAGGAGCAGACGAAGGAGCGCAUCCGGCAGAAGGCCAAGUACUCGCUCAACAGAAUCCUGGCGCUCUAUCAGCAGUUGGACGCGGCGACGCACGGCCAAACGGCGACGGAGAUGCACAACGAGUCGAUCGGAGAGCUGCGCGAGAUGGCCAGUUUUGUGGUCGAGAUUGCGUGUCAGUUGGACGCCGAGGUCAAGGCGCAGUUCAACACGGAGCUCGACGUGGAUGAAAUCAAGAGAGACAUGAUUGCGGGAAUUGCGAUGCAGGAAAGAGUGUGCAAUCCGGAAAGACGUCGCCGAAGUGGUCACGUGUCGACGUCGGCGGGACCGUCGCCGCAAAAGUACACGCCGCACGCGAGAUCGUCGGUGGCGAGAACGCACGAGGAGUACACGCAGCGAAUAUUCUCCAAGACCAAGCCGAUUCCGCCGGUUGCUCGUGAUUUCGAGGUGCCGCCCGAGUCGCGCAACCUCGAGCUGCUCCGUCAUCGGCAGCAGGGACUCGUGGAGGAGCAGAAGCCGCAGCUGCCCGAGCUGCCCGAGGGAUUCAAGGCGAUGCCGUGGUCGAAGCCGACGCGAAGACGUCAAACGACUGUGGAUCCGAACGCGCCGACCAAGAAGCGAGGACGACCGAAUAAGAAGGGGGAGACGCCCGCUCCGAGACCGGAAUCGUCGAAUGCCCUGGAUCCGGAUGAAUCUGUGCCUCCGAUCAUUCCGCUCGUCGCCCCGCAAUCGUCCAGCUCGCAGGAAUCUUCCGGAGCCAUCGAGUUGCUUGCUCCCGACGCGGUGGAGCACGAAGAAGUUGUCGAGCAAGAAGAUACGGUGGCUCGAGCUCCUGAAGUCAACAUUGCGGGAAUUUCUGAGAAGAUCAAGAAGGAGGACGAGGAGUUGCCGAGAAAAACGAAGAAAAACGAGGCAUCAGAGGUGAUUUUCGCGCGUUGAGAUUUGAAUAAUCGGAAUUUCCGAAAGGAAACAUUUUAAUCCCGAAAAACAUGUUCUAAAUGCUCAUGUUCAGGUCGUCAAGGCGCCAAGCACUUCGGAAGAGCUCGCGGAGCCAUCUCCGACCCAAACUACUCCAGCUCCAGCCACAAAGACCCGUACAGGACGUGUGGUGAAGCCGAAGAAAUGGGGUGACGAAUAA